GCGAAAAGGACGACGUUUUCUUCGGAACGAAAAUUAAAUUUUCAUAUUCUGUGGUUUUUGCGCUUAAUUUAAGCUUCAAAAGUGAGCAAAAUUAUUUACCAAGAUGUCUUCCUUCUUCCUGAAGGGUAAACCUAGGACUGCGACCAAACGCAAGUUCGACAAAACCAAACCGGCCAAGAAAGAAUCCUCCGGGAAGGCUGCCCGCCGGGAACCGGAAGCAUCGGAAGAGGAAAUCGACAGCGAUGAGGAGGAAGAACAGACCAUUGCGGCGGCUGGGAAAAAGUUCAACUUUGACGAUGAGGAAGAUUCCGGGCUAGCUGAAACGGCGCAGGAUAAGAAGCUGCGACUGGCCAAGAAGUAUUUGAAGGAGGUAGAGGAAGCUGAGAGGUCUCGCCGGGAAGAUGAGGAACUGCAUGAUGGUGUUUCGUCGGCUUUGAGGGAGGACUAUUUGGAAAGCAUCGGGAAAUUGUACCGGGAGGCUGCUGACUUGUAUGAGGGAUUCGAUUUGAACCAGGCUGUUACGUUGAAAUUUAAGCAGCAACACCUUUCGAUUACCUGCCUUUGUUUGACGGAAGACGAUAAAUAUCUGUAUGUAGCCAACAAGAAUGGAAUCGUCGUACGGUGGGAUCUAAAUAAUAAGGAAAAGCUGGCCAGCACCAAGCAUCAGAAAACGGCCGUCCAAUCGAUGGCAAUUUCUUAUGACUUGAAAUAUCUGGUAGUAGCGGAUGGAAGCAACGAAAUCAAGGUUUUGAACGGAACCACACUGGAACCGGUGAAUACGCUGAGUGGCCAUUCGGAACCGGUCACGGGAGUUGUGUUCCGGAAGAAUACCCAUCAGCUCUAUUCCUGCAGCAAAGAUCGCACUGUAAAGGUGUGGUCCCUGGAUGAAAUGGUUUAUGUAGAAACACUCUACGGUCAUCAAACGGCAGUAACGGCAAUCGAUGCCCUAUCCAGGGAACGUGCCAUCACGGCUGGUGGAACGGAUUGCUCGAUUCGCAUCUGGAAAAUUGUUGAAGAGUCGCAGCUCGUUUACAAUUGUCCUCCGACAACGGAUAGCAUCGAGUGCGUUCGAUUAAUCGGCGAUGAGCACUUCCUUUCCUGUGGAACCGAUGGGUCUCUGUCGGUGUGGAGUUCCGGUAAAAAGAAACCCCUAAAUACGGUUAGAUUGGCCCACGGGAAGACGGAAAAUGGGGAAGCGAACUGGAUAUCGGCGAUAGCUCCACUGCUCAAUACCGACCUUUUUGCAUCCGGUUCGUGUGAUGGUUUCGUACGGAUUUGGAAGCUUGUUGGUGGUAGCAAAUCGAUCCUUCCGGUUAUGCAGAUCCCGGUCGAGGGUUUCGUUAAUGCGUUAGCUUUCAGCAGCGAUGGUAAACGGUUGAUUGUUGGCCUCGGUCAAGAGCAUCGUCUUGGACGGUGGUGGACCCUGAAACAGGCUAAGAAUGUUACCUUGGUCGUUCCGUUCCAGAUGAAGGAAGACGAUAAGAAGGGGAAAAAGAAGAAAAAAUCAGUUGAAUAAAGUUUUUUUUUCUUUUAAUCA